AUGACUGAGAAACGCAAACUAUCUCCUUCAGAUGGCUCUCCGUCUACAAAGCGAAUACGUCCAGCUAUCACCAUCGAAGACGAAGUCAGCGAAGACGAGUCACCUUCAAGGCCGCAAUAUCAGCAGCCACGAAGUGACCCGGUGUUCGGUCAAAGACAUGCAUUUCCGGGUUUAGACGAUGGGCCACAGAGUGGAGAGCUCUUUUAUGGCCCGGCAGAUGAUGGCAUUGAGUAUCUGCGGAUGGUUAGAUCGGAAGCCAGGAACCUCCCUGUGUUCUUCGUUGCGAAGGAGAAGCUUAGCCCCCAAAUGAAGACAGACGGCAGCCGCCCGAUAAACGUGUCCUCCAUCGGAAAGCCCCAAGAAACGGAACAAAAAUGGAUAUAUUCGGAUGGUGUAUGCGCAGCUGUAUCAAACACAGCGCUGGAAAGCCCUGCUAUAGUAGGCGAUCCGGAACCUGAAGACCCUCAGGAACGGUAUUACAACCUCCUCCGACAUCGAUUUCUUCUCCUACGCUCCACCUUAAAAUGCGUCCCUCCAGCCAAACUUAUCGCCGCCCUCGAUACUUUCCACCCUAUAUCUUUGCCUGCGGAUAAUCCUCGAGCUCGAACAGAAUGGACAACGCUUGUGAAGACUGUGGAACCUCAAAUGGUACAACUAGCUUGUAUGGAUCUCGACAGUGUUUUACGUGUUUUACGAAUUGUGACGAGAUCGUUGUCUGAAGCUGCCAAAAGUCCAAACUGCUCAUGGACCAUGAGGAUUGCUGCUUGGGCAUGGGGCCUCCUGGGAAGGUGUAGGGAGGUGGGCGAGUUGAGCAGUGAAGAAGUUGGCGAACUGAGAGACUUGGGAAAGCGAGCGGGAAAGAUCCUAAUUAAAAUCCGCGAGAAGGAACCGCAGGUUACAUGUGGAGUGGAGGGUGACCACAAAUCCGAUAGGCAUUGUUCGGACUGGGACGAUGGAGACGAAGUAGAAGAUAUGCAGGAGGAAGCCGAAGGAGAUAACGUUCAAGAACAAGAGGAUGGUCUCAUCAGAGAUGAAGCCAAGGGUAUGCCAGAUGGCGAUGGGGACCAAGCCGAGGCUCUGGAGCUUGCAAAGAAAAGGCUACAAGGGAUGCUUUCCAGUAGCUGUGCAGAGGUUUCUGAGAUAGAGCAGGCUGCUGCUUUAACUGCCGAUGCAGUGGACGGCAACAAGGGACACCAUCAGUUGCUCGAAAACGAGUGGAAAUACAACGCUCGUGCGAUGCUUGACAUGAUAUUGACCAUUGUUGGAGAGUUCUAUGGUCAGAGAGACCUUCUUGAAUUUCGUGAUAUAUGGGAAGAGGGCGAGGAGCGAUAUUAG